AUGAACGCGAAAACACGGGCUUUGAUUGUCGGGAUGCUUGUAUCCGGUGUCUGCAAUACGUUGCUAAACAAACUUCAAGAUAUGCAAUGUGUUGAGAACUGUGAUGACAAAGACCCUUCCAAGCGCGAAUACUUUGAGCAGCCUGUAUGGCAAACUUUGAACAUGUUUAUAGGAGAGACUUUCUGUUUCAUAGCCUUAUACGUUCAAAUGAUUCUAGAUUCGUAUAAAGAGGAAAAGCACGUUGAUCGGGAUCGGCCUCUAGCAGUUGGGAGAUCGUCAACUGACGAUUCUAUUGAAGUGGAAGACGAGUACGUGCGUCCCCAACGAGAGUUAACUGGAUGGAGAGUAUUAUUAUUUUGGAUCCCGACGCUUUGCGACAUUUGUGGAACUACGCUCAUGAACGUUGGCCUGAUUUAUACGUCAGCCUCUGUAUAUCAAAUGCUUCGCGGAGCAGUAGUUCUCUUCACCGUAGUGUUAGGUGUUACUAUCGUAGGUCUCUCAAGCAUUCUGUUCCCACCACCCAGAUCGUCUGAAGUCGAUGUUUCGACCGCUGGUCUCUUCUCGGUCCCUUUCGCCCUAGUCGGCGUCCUGUUUGUUCUGUUUGCUCAAGUAUUUACAGCUUCUCAGUUUGUAAUAGAGGAAAAGCUUGUAGAAACAUAUAAUGUUGGUCCUCUUCGCGCUGUAGGACUCGAGGGCAUUUUUGGAUUGACGACUAUAACAUUUGGGACAAUCGCAUUGUACUAUACAUAUGGAAUUCAUCAUCCAGGAGGGUAUUUUGACAUACCCGCUGGUUGGAAUCUGAUAAUAAGCUUUCCCCAAGUAUGGGGUGCGGGCAUUGCUAUUUGCUUUUCCAUCGCAUUCUUUAACUUUUUCGGGUUGGCAGUCACAAGGACUGUCAGUGCUACUGCCAGAAGUACGAUCGAUACGUCCAGGAUUGUAUUUGUUUGGAUGGUUUCACUUCUUUUGGGUUGGGAGAUAUUUUCGUGGUUACAAGUAUUAGGGUUCAUUGUACUCGUUACCGGUACAUUUAUUUUCAAUAAUGUUAUAAAUCCACCGAGCUUUAUCGCCGGAGGUCAUGCUGAUUCCGGAGAGCGUAGACCGCUAAUUCGUAGAACCUCUGACGAAAAUAUAUUGUGA